AUGUCUCCCUCUCUCCAAUUUCCCCUUGAACCCAUUGUAUCUGAUGUCGAUCUUCCCGUAAUCGACCUCUCCAAAUUUCCACAAGAGUUGGAUGAUGAAGAACUAAGCCACCUGGGAGAUCAUCCCAUGCUCGCCAAACUAAGAGAGGCCUGCAUAGAAUGGGGAUUUUUCCGCCUGGUCAACCAUGGAAUUUCAUUAGAGCUUCUGGACAAGGCGCAGAACGUUAGCCGAGGUUUAUUGCCCAUGCCAACCGAGGCUAAAGAGAGAGCCACAACCUCUAAUCCUUUCGAUAGUUACCAUCGAAAGGAUAAUUUUGAGACAUUCAGUCUUCUCGACUCCUGUAAAUCAGAAUCUCUAGAACAAAUGUGUUUAAAGAUAUGGCCUGAAGGGAAUCACAGUUUCAGCGAGACGAUGGUAGCCUACGAUUUAUGUGCCUCAAAUCUCGCGCAAAAAAUCAGUAAAAUAAUUGUUGCAAGCCUUGGAUUGGAUGCCGUUGCCCUCUACCGUUCUCACUUUGGAAAGCGCAUCUCAAGAUUGAGGUUAAAUGGGUACUCAUCGCACCAAAAAAGUAUAGGUGAGGAGACUCUGGGAUCUCAUGCAGAUCCCGGGUGCCUCACAAUACUUUACCAAGAUGAUGUGGAAGGGCUUGAAAUUCGAUCUCAGGAGGGCAAAUGGUUCAGCGUCAAACCUGUGUCUCAUUCAUUUGUUGUCAAUCUUGGGGACUCGCUCAAGGCGUGGAGUAAUGGUAGAUACCGCAGUGCAGAGCAUCGCGUUGUUUGGAAAGGGUGGAUGGAUCGUAUGUCUAUUGGGUUUUUCACUUCAUUUCCAAUGGAGACAGAAAUCUGGGCUCCUCAGGAACUUGUGGACAACAACAACCCAAGGCGUUACAAGCCUUUCCUCGUCUCGCAACUCCUACAUGAGAUUCGACAUAAUCAAGAAGACAGAGAGAAAGCUACUGCUGUCGAUCGAAUUGCCGGCGCGUGGAGUAAUGGCAGAUACCAUAGCGCAGAUCAUCGCAUUGUUUGUACUGGGUGGAUAGAUCGAAUGUCUAUUGCCUUUUUUACUGCCUUUCCAAUGGAGACGGAAAUCUGGGCGCAUGCGGAACUUGUGGAGAACGACAAUCCAAGGCGUGACAAGCCUUUCAUAUUCUCGCAAUUCAGAGACGAAAUUAGACCGAAUACAAAAGACAGAAAAAGCUACAGCUCUCGAACGAUUCGCCGGUAUAUAACGAAUAGUGCGUUAGGGUGGUGUUGUGUUAGUUUACCUUGGCUGUUCAGAAAUGAUAGAUAUGAUAUUAGAAUCAUGCACGUUCAGUAG